UCCUAAAAAACGCGUUAAUUUUGCCAAAACUCAUCUUUGUUAUCAGUCUUAAAUCCUGAAAUUCUUUGCUACCUAUUACUCGUUUUCCUCACUGGAACUAUCUAUCCAUCAUGGAUCAGUUCUUUCUUGGCUUUCUCAUUCUCAGCUUUUUCAUUUCUUCUUCUACUACUUUUGCUCAACAGAACUACUCUGCUAAUUCUGCACUGGACUGCAACAGCAGUGAUGAGACUGGACCAUCUCCUGCAUUUCUCUACACUUGCAAUGGCCAAAACAACUCUUGCGAGGCCUUUCUCAUCUUCAAAUCUCAAACUUCGUAUGACUCGGUGCCUACUAUCUCAUCCCUCACAUCUGCCAACCAAGACGAACUUGCAAGAAUCAACAAUGUCACGAGGAUAGCAAAGUUCCCUCCCAACAAAGAGGUGAUUGUUCCUGUGCAUUGUUCUUGUUUUGGCCAAUACUACCAAGCCAACACUACGUUUCAUGCCACUCGUGGCUAUUCGUAUUACAUUGUAGCAAGUCAAACUUACGAGGGACUUUCUACUUGUGCUUCUCUUAAGAGAGCAAAUGAAUAUGGUGAAUUUGAUCUUGGGUCUGGUGUGGAAAUGCAUGUGCCACUUCGAUGUGCUUGUCCUACCUCAACCCAACUCAGGAGUGCUGUCAAUUAUCUACUUACUUAUCCUAUUAACUUUGGCGAUUCUCUUGCUAUUCUUGCUGAAAGAUUCAACACAAGUGAAAGAAGUAUAAUUGAUGCAAAUGGGUUGGAAGAAAAUCCAGUUAUUUAUCCAGACACAACGAUUCUGAUACCUUUGCAAGCUAAACCUACGAGUUCAAUCACCAUAAUUCACGAAGGCCCACCAAAUGUUUCACGUCCUUCGGCUCCUAGUCCUGGAGAUAGAACAUCCAAGAGGAAACUUUAUGAAUGGAUUGGGAUUGCAGCAGCUUGUUCGCUGCUGUUACUCAGUGUCACACUAGCCAUUCUCCUUCUCCUUUGUAGAGAGAGAAGAAACAAGGCUCUUGAGAGCAAUCAUGAAAGGAAUCAUGUCUUGCUCGAAGAUCUUCGUGUUGAGAUAGCAAGCGUUGAGCAAGUCUUGAAAGUUUUUGGACUUAAAGAGGUAAAGAAAGCUACUGAAAAUUUCAGUUCCAAGCAUAGAAUAAAUGGUUCAGUCUACUGGGGAGAGUUUGAUGGAGAGAUGUUAGCUAUCAAGAAGAUGAGAAGAGAUGUAUCAAAGGAAGUGAACAUUUUGAAGAAGAUCAACCACUUCAAUUUGAUUAAGCUUCGUGGCGUUUGUGAGAAUCUGGGUUGUUUCUAUCUUGUUUUCGAGUAUAUGAAAAAUGGUUCUCUACGAGAAUGGUUGUCUGGUGAAAGGUCUGAAUAUCAUGGAAGUUGGAGUACGAGGAUUCAGAUUGCUAUGGAUGUUGCUAAUGGACUUCACUAUCUUCACAGCUUUACUGAACCUGCCUGCGUGCACAAGGACAUCAAGAGCAGCAACAUUCUUUUGGACAGCAAGUUAAGGGCCAAGAUUGCAAAUUUCGGUCAUGCAAGAGCAGCAGCAAGGGGAACAACAACAAAUGCUGCUGUGACAAAACACGUUGAAGGGACUAGAGGUUACAUGGCACCCGAGUAUGUGCAGGCAGGUCAAGUAACUCCCAAGAUUGAUGUCUAUGCUUUUGGGGUCGUGCUUCUGGAACUGAUCACAGGAAAAGAUGCUGUUUUUAUACAGGAUGGAAGAGAAACUCUGCUUUCAACAGCAACAGUUUCUAUUCUGCAGAAGGAAAACGCAGAAGCUGAGCUGGCUUUGUUCAUCCAUCCUAGUUUCCUCGGGAGCCAUGACAUAAAAUUGGCUCUCCGCCUGGCUAGAGUAAGCUUAGCCUGCUUGGUAAAUGCACCAGAAAAGAGACCGGGCAUGGGGGAAAUUGUAUCAACCCUGUUAAAGAUUCAGGAAUGUUUGGCGAAAACAAAACCACUGGAAGUUGACUCUGUUGAUGUAGCAGCUCCAAAAUGGCAUUCAUCAAUAGGUUCAACUAAUUGGAGAGCUGAAGCUAUUUCAAAAUAAUUGUUUUCUGUAUAUAAACAAGGGCAAAAAUUCUGAUUUUCAUUACUUGUAUCAAUGCAUAUCCUCCUAACUAUUUAUAUUACCUACGAAAUUAAGCAAGGUAUUAGUCUACAAUGCAUAAAUUUCUGUGUCUACUGAAAGGGUAGAUUGCACUGUUCUGUAAAUCUGUGAUGUAUCGUCCUUGAACAUAUCCAAGAACCAGUUCAAACUCAAGUCAGGUCAUCUUAGCUCUCUUUCUCUUCUAUCCACAUAAUUUAGGUGAUUUAAUUAUUUUCUUAAUCACCAUGUAAAAAUCAUAAAUGACAGAUAAAGUGGAAGGAGAGAGUAGUAAGUUAAUGAAUAAUUG